AUGGUUGCCAAGAAGCGAAAGCUUCGAUUGAGAGCCAUUGCCAAUCGCGUGGGCCAAGAGCAGUAUGACCUUGUAGCAUUGCAAGAAGUCUGGAUGUGGGAAGAUUUUGAUUAUAUCAAAGAGCGAGCAAGAGAUGUUUUGCCAUAUACAAAAUACUUUCACAGUGGGACAUUGGGCAGUGGAUUAGCCAUCUUAUCUCGCUUUCCGAUACUGUCAUCAUCCUAUCUUAAAUUUACGCUUGCUGGAAAACCUCUUAAAGUGUUUCAAGGCGAUUUUUACGUGGGCAAAGGCUGUGGGUCUGUAUGCAUUGAUCAUCCAGAAGUUGGGCUCAUUGAUGUCUAUACCACUCAUGCUGGCUAUGGGAACCAUGAUGACUAUCAAGCACAGAGGAUCACUGAGUGCUGGCAAAUAGCCAACAGUGUAAGAGUAUCAGCUGCACAAGGCAGGCAUGUCAUUUUGGCAGGCGAUUUCAACAGCAUUCCAACUAGCCACUGUUAUCAGAUCCUAAAGAACCAUGCAUUCAUGACAGAUUCAUGGCUAGAAAUGCACAAAGACACCAUGGCAGACAGCCUUGGCAGACUGGAGCGAGAUCAACUAACAGCGUCUGAAUGCAUCCAGUUAUUUGGAAUUACCUGCGAUUCACCACUGAAUACCUGGACCAAGCAUCUCUUGAAACAGCAGCCGUAUGCCAAAGACAUUGGCGAUAGACUUGACUACAUCUUUUACAGACGUACACCAGAAAUUACAUGCCAACAGUCUCGAGUCGCAUUCGAAGAAUACAUGCCAAACACACAGAUGAGCUACUCUGACCAUUUUGCAGUGCAUUCAAUAUUUCUGAUUGCUGCAAAAACCAACAGCGUCUUUGAUGAUGGCUAUGCACCUCUAUCAAAGGAGAUUGCACGACCUGAUUUCACGCAUAUUUUACCAGAUAGCUUAUACCCCAUCGUCCGUAUCUUGGAGAGAGAUCUUUUAAAAGCAACAUCAACAGCAAAUGGGCUCUUGUUUCUCUUUGGUCUAUCUGUAUUGAUUGUAUUUUGCUUGUACAGCUGUCAAAUUGCUGUUCCAUUCUAUUUUGCAGAGUCUCAGCUGACAGUGUUGGCAUCGAGCAUCGUGUGUGGACUGUUCAUCAUUGUCUUUUCUGUAGUGGCCAUCGUCUCCCUCAUUGUAGGUUUUGUGUUUGGCAGAAAUGAGCAGCGAUCACUGCGACAGUAUCUCAUAGAUAUGAAUGUGUGUUUGGACAAUUUACACGAAGCAGCCAGAAGGGAGUCAUUAGCAGCAGCAGCCUCCCCUUCCAGCCUCCACUCUAGCACGACUUCCUAUUCAACCUCUGAUGGACUCGUAAUUAAACAGAUCAAUGUCGAUAAAAAUAAAUGA